GGACCCUGGAUCGAAACCAGGACAUGCUAUAUGAUCUGAUUUUCUUUUUGCUUCUUUCAUGUUCUUCGUACUGGAGUGUUGUCCCUCGAGCUUGUCUGUGUUUCUCGUUUCGGUCUUUUGAGUUUUUCUCUUUUUUUUUUUUAUUUUUUUUUUCUCCUAAAUUCCAUCAAUCGAGAAACUUUCCUUGGCUUUUCGAUCGUCAAUCAUGCAGAGGCUUAGUACCACAUUCUUUCCUGUUUGCACCAUGGACUGCUCAGUGCUGUAUAUAUCAUGCCAGAUCCGUCUAUAUUCUACUCUCCAGCCACACUUCUGUCUCCCUCCCCUAAAACCCAACCACUUUCAACCACGUAUUGAUAAUACGCCCACAAUCUCGGUAAUACGAGUCAUCAAGACCACUUGCACCACCGGCCAAGGCAGAGCAGUACUGCGGAUCCCAACACGGGAAACUCCUAGGAUUGCUUUCAGUCAUCCGCUCCAUAAACCACAGAGAGUGAGACCCAAUAGUGAUGGUAUCCGAAAUGCUACAGCAGCCUUACAAACUGUUCAUCAGUCGAUCGGAAAUCCCAAGUCGCUGAGCCAGCCUGUGCUACCGGCUCGAGAUCCGUCUUGGCUAUCAGCGAAGCCAUUCAGCCAAUCGAGGAGAGGAUCGGCUUGCUUUGCAAAUCUUGAUUGAUAUUGAUUACAAGAGCAUGGUCAUCAGCUAUACUGCGAUAAUGGGACAAGAAAGGACAGAAUACAUGGUAGAUGAUUUUCGCAUUAUAGAGACAAGAUUAGAGUUAAUCCAUCGGACAUCAU